CAAUCUCAUGACAUUGUUCAUUUAAAGAAUAGAAAUAUACACGCGGUGUUUCCUGAUUGCAAAACACAUCUUGGUCAGAGAUGUGAAGUUUAUUGUAAAGAGUGUCAUGAAUCAAUCUGCACCAAGUGUACUAUUGGUCGUCAUAAAACUCAUGAUGUUAGUGAAUUAGAAGAGUUAGUUGAGAUCAGGAAAAGAGAAAUUGAAAAAGAAGUAGAGAAACUGGAAUCUAAAAUUAUACCAAAAUUCCAGGAAGCAAAUGCUAUGAUUUCCAACAAAAUAGAUUACGUCGCUACUGAAUAUGCUAUUCUUGAACAAAAAUUAGAGGAGCUUAGAAAAAUAUGGCAUCAAGAAGUCAACAAGAUAUUCAACACAUUUGGUUCCUUGAUUUCCUCAAAAAAGAACAUGAGUAUUAACGAUCUAACAAACCAACAGACAAAUAUAGCAAAAUUAAUUUCUGAUAUGAUUGAAACAGUCCAACAUAUCAAACAAAUAAUGCAAACUAAGAAUGCAUCAAAGGUCACAGACUACGAAUCAAAAUCUAAAGAAUUCAUAAAUAUUCCUAAAAAUGUUGCAGUUGAGAUUCCUUUCCUGAAAACAAAUAUUGUCACAGAAAAUAAAUUGAGCAUAGAAAUAGGAGAUUUCAAGGCUAUCUUGACAGAAACAUUCCUUCCACACAAAUCGGAUGAGGAUCCGAAUUUGCAAACAACAGAGCUGCCAGAUGAAGAGAAAAUGAUUACUAUCAUUCCUACUGAAAACGAUUCUCUGAUUAGAAUAGCUUGUACAGAGUUGAAUGAAGCUUGGGUCUGUGGUGAAAAACAAACAAUAACACGUAUUGACUUGGAAGGGGAUGUAAAAGAAACCGUCACUACCAAAUGCUUAUACUGGCCAAAUGAUAUUGCUGUGACCAAUCGAGGAGAGCUCAUAUACAGUGACUCUGACGGUGAAACAGUGAACAUUGUCAGAAGCGGUAGAGCCGAAACACUAAUAACUGCGCCAUUAGGGUGGAAACCACACAGAUUAUGCUGUACGAAAUCCGGAGGUAUCCUGGUCAGUGUGUCUAGUGGUAGACACAAUAGAAUUAUUCGUUCUGAAGAAAAUCAAAUAUCUCAGAUCAUUGAAAAACAUGACGAUUGAAAGGCACUCUUUUUAGAAGGAAUUUGCAAACUAUAUGUGACGGAAAAUGAAAAUGGGGAUGUAUGUGUGUCCGACACCAAUGCUAGCAUAGUGGUUGUAUUAGACAUGACAGGGCGAGUGCAAUUCCGAUAUGAUGGCUCAGCAGCAAAAAUAAAAGGUCCCGUCAAUCCGAACUGUUUAGUGACACACUCUUCGGGUCAAAUUAUUGUAACAGACAACAGUAAUCUGUGUCUGCAUAUUUUGGA